AUGAAAAAUACUUUACAGUUAUUUAUUAUAUUAUGUCUGAUUUUAACAAUUACAUCAAUUAAAAAUUUAAGACUUGGUUUUAUUUUUGUUCAUUCAGAUACUGAAAAUGGAGAUCUUAUUGGUUUUGAUAUGUCUGGUGGAAUUGUUCCUGUUGUACUGGAUCGUAUAAAAAAAGAAGAAUUAUUAAUUAACUAUAAUUUUACUGUUUUUUAUGAUUUUGAUAAUUGUACGUCAUCUAAAUCUAUAGGAAAAACAUAUGAAAUGAUUGCAAAAAAAAAAGCAGAUGUUAUAUUUGGACCUACAUGUAAUGAAGGAGCAUUAAAAGCAGCAUUUUUAGCUAAUUAUUAUAAUAAGCCUAUUUUUGUUUGGGGUUUAACAUAUUCAGAUAGUAUUGUUGACUUUGAUCAACUUAAUAAUCUUUAUACUCCUCAACCUCGAAUUCUUUCACUUGCUAUGACAGCUAUUGAUGUAAUACAAUUAUUCAAUUGGUCUUCUUUAUCAUUUUUAUAUGCUCCACGAUCUCAUAAAAAGUGUAGUAAAUUAUAUGAAGAAUUUACAGAAGCUAUCAAUGUUAUUAAUCUUCAAAAUGUAGAAAUUUAUUCUUUACAAACUAGUACUCCACCUCUUGGUAGUGAAUAUGAUAGAUUUAUUGAUGAGACAAAAAUAAGAUCAAGAAUAAUUAUUUCAUGUUUUGAUCGUAUUAGAUGGAAAAGAGAUUUUUUAUUAAAAAUGUAUGAUCGUGGAUUAAAUAAUUUUGAGUAUGUUCAUUUAAAUUUAGAAUAUGAAGGUAAAGGUUUUUAUUCAUAUAGUUAUGAUAUUAAUAAUGAACCAAAACCACUUUAUGUUGAUAGUAAAGAAAAAAAUGAUGGUAGAGAUGGAGAUGCUUUUGAAAUGGCUAAAAAAAUGUUAAUAUUAGAUAGAGAAAAGGAGUAUGCUUUAACUAAAGAAAUUAUAAAUGAAGCAAUACAACGAAUUAAAGAAUGGCCAUUUUUUUGUAAAACUUGUAAUAUUACUAGAAAACAAUCUCUUAAUAGAUAUGCUGGGUAUUUAGGUGAUUCAGUUUAUAGUUGGGCUGUUAUGUUAAAUAAAUCAUUAAAAAUUUAUGGAAAUGAUAUUUUUAAUAAUCCAAGUGAAUAUAGAAAUCAAUGUAAACAAAUUAAAUAUGGAUAUACAGGACAUAUGUCUUUUAAUAAUGAUUGUAUACGCUUACCAUAUAUUUUUUUAAAUGGAUUAGAUAAAAAUGGUAAACAACGUAUAUGGCUUAAUUACACAUUUAUAAAUAGAUCUCAUUAUAAUAGAAUAGAAAAUGUACCAUCAAAUUUAUUUAAAUCAACUAUAUUUGAAAAUUGGGAUAAUAAUAUUCCUUUAAAUGAACCAAUAUGUGGUUAUUUAAAUAAUAAAUGUCCAAAACAAUUUUUUAAAGCACAUUUUACAAAAUUAAUUGCUACUUUUUCUACUAUAUUUUUGAUCGGUAUAAUAAUUAUCAUCAUAAUUAUAAGAUAUAUUCAUAAAUUAAAAAUAAAACGUGAAGAAGAAAAUAAAAAGUGGAAAAUUGAUCCAAUUAGUUUAAAAGAACUUUCAAAAAAUAUUAAUAGAAAUACGAAUAAUAGUUAUAUAGAUACAAAAACUGCAUCAAAUGUAUGUUUAAAAAAAUUAGAUCAAAUAAAUAAAAAAAAUAAAUAUAUUUUUUUGUUUUUUAAUAAUGAAAUUGUUGUUGGAAAAAAACAUAAGUUUAAAGUUAUUUUAUCUGAUGAAGAUAGUAUUGAAUUACUUAAAAUUUAUCAUAUGGAUCAUGAGAAUAUAAAUAAAUUUAUUGGUAUGUCUUAUAACGAAAAUCUAUCUGUAUCAUUUUGGAGGUUUUGUAAAAAAGGUUCAUUACAUGAUUUUCUUCAAAAUGAUAUUCCAUAUUUUGAUACAUUUUUUAUGAUAUCAUUUGCAAAAGAUAUUUGUAAUGGUUUAAAUUACCUUCAUUCAAGUUACAUUCAAUUUCAUGGAACAUUAACAUCAAAGGUUUGUUUUGUCAAUGACAGAUGGCAAAUAAAAAUAAGUAACUUUGAUUUAAAGCGAUUAUUUAAAAAUGAUGAAAUAAGUAAAAAAGAAUUAUUAUGGAGAUCACCAGAAUGUUUAAGAAAUGAUAAUUUUAUUGGAAGUAAAGAAAGUGAUAUAUAUAGUUAUGGUAUAAUAUUAUCUGAAAUUAUAUCAAAAGGAAAUUUUUGGAAUCUUAAAACAAGAAAAGAAAGUAUUGAAGAAUUAAUUUACUUAAUAAAAAAACAAACUUUUAACAAAAUAAGACCUGAUAUAGUAAUACCAUUAGAAUUAGAAACAGAAAUAGAUACAAAUUUUAUAAAUUUAGUAGAAAGUUGUUGGGAUGAAGAUCCAAGUCGUAGGCCUACUACAAAAGAAAUUGAAAAAGUACUAAGAAAUUUAAAUGAUGGUGAUACAAAAAAUUUAAUGGAUCAUAUUUUUUUAAUUCUUGAGGAACAUGCAAAAAGACUUAAUGAUGAAAUUGAUAAAAGAACAGAAGAAAUUGUUCAAGAAAAAAAAAAGUGUGAUAUCCUCCUUCAAAAGAUGCUUCCUUCUGAGGUUGCAAAUAAACUUAAAUUUGGUAAAAUUAUUGAGCCAGAAACUUUUGAAAAUGUUACAAUUUUAUUUGCUGACAUCGUUAAAUUUACUAAUAUACAAUUAAAAUGUUCACCAUUUGAAAUUGUAACGCUUGUAAAUGAAUUAUUUUCAUUAUUUGAUAAUUUAAUAGAAUCAAAAGAUGUAUAUAAAGUUGAAACAAUAGGUGAUGGAUAUUUAUGUGUUUCUGGACUGCCAACAAGAAAUGGUGAUAUGCACAGUAAAGAAAUAGCUGAUUUAGCUUUAGGUCUUUUAGAUAUAUCUAAUAGAUUCACAAUACAACAUUUAAAUAACGAAAAAAUAAAUUUAAGAAUAGGUUGUAAUUCUGGUCCUUGUGUUGCUGGUGUCGUAGGAUUAUCAAUGCCAAGAUAUUGUUUAUUUGGGGAUACAGUAAACACAGCAUCAAGAAUGGAAAGUAAUAGUAAAUCAGGGAAGAUACAUAUAACAGAGAGUUGUUCUAGUCUUUUAAAAUCUUUUGGUUGUUAUAUAAUAGAAUCAAGAGGCGAAGUUAUAAUAAAAGGAAAAGGUAUUAUGAAUACUUAUUGGUUGAUUGGUAAAACUUAA